AUGGUGGUUCUGAAGGGGGUCCCCGCGCUGCUGUCCCCGGAGCUUCUCUACGCCUUGGCGCGCAUGGGGCACGGAGACGAGAUCGUCCUUGCAGAUGGCAACUUCCCCACCGCUUCCUUAUGCCAGCACGGAGCCAUGGAAAUCCGUGCCGAUGGCCUGGGCAUCCCUGAACUCCUGGAGGCGGUACUAAAGCUGCUGCCGCUGGAUACCUAUGUGGAAAGCCCGGCUGCCGUCAUGGAGCUGGUGGCCAGCGACCAGGCCAGGGGCCUCCAGACUCCUGUGUGGACACACUAUGAGUCCCUCCUCCAGAUGUCGGGCUGCUGGAAAUCGCUGGAGAAGGUUGAGCGGUUUGCGUUUUAUGAGCGGGCGAAAAAGGCCUUCGCCAUAGUAGCAACCGGGUGA